UAGCACAGUUCUCUCCCAUGGCUUCACCAUGACCCGGAAAUAAAAUGAUUGACUCAGAGGACUUCUCUGGCAUGACAAGCAUAAUGGAAGGUUUACUGAGAGAACAGGCUUCUCAUCAUACAACGUUUAUAACAAAAACACCGUCUGAAAAAACACAAAACUCACGACAAGACUCAUCAGAGACAAUCUUAUUAAAUAUGGAUGAAAAAAAAGAGAGACUUGAAAGGAUGCUAAAAAACAGAAAAAACAGUGCAAAAAGAAGAGGUAAAGUGACAAAAAAUGUGAUCCGAAGUGAUGCAGCCAAAAUUUUAGAGCAGUUUCUCCAGUCACAGUUAGAUAAACAAGAUGUUCAGACCUCUCCACACAAAUACCAGCGCUACGUUGAAGUGGAUGUAACAGAGACCACUCCCAGUGGUUCUAGUUCAGGAUACCUGGCCUCCAAAAGUAGCCUUUUACGGGAAAACUCCAUUCCAUACAUGGAUGAAAGUGACACUGAAAUGCGGAAAGCCGAAAGCUUGCCUCAUGAUGAUUUCCCAACAGUUUCCAUCGUCUAUCAUGCAGCCGAUGGUGACCACGAAGUUCACCACGCCAAAUCAAAGUCGGCUCCGUACUCAGGCGCUGCUGUUGGAAAUUAUGCGAGUAUGCGUUUGAGGAAACAAUCCCAGCCUCCUCCACCACCGCCUCCAGGCACGCCACACUCUGCAUCUGAGCACGGGUCAAGGGAGGACAUGUACCAACGAGUGCCAUACACUGGGGAUCAUGGCAGCAAGUCCAGUUCACAAUCAAGGAAGUCAUUCGAACAGCUUAAGAAGCUAUCUGAAGAUCAUGGGGAGGAACUUGGCUGUCCGAGCCUUGAUAAUGAAGCAUUGCCUGAAUCUGCAAAACCUAGUUCAGACCAUGACUCAAAACAAUGGAAGACAGACUCAUCGCUGGAUUCGUCUCAAAGGCAUUCCAUUGAUUCUUUGGUAGAUGAACCAAGGACUAGAGGCUCAAAAGUCGAUGACAAGCCUUCAACCAUACAUGUAGAUUCACAAUACGGUUUAACAAAUGGUGCACUGCCAAAACGUCCCCAACCCCCUAAAGACAUGUCGUUAUCCACAAGAAGGUCUAAGAAGUCAUCUACAUUGACAGGACAUGGCAGGAAACCUGUCUGGUCUAGUGAUUCAGAAGGAUCAGAGUCGGGGUAUACAGAACAGGAAAGUCAUGGACGUAAGAAAAAGUCCAUGUUCAAGAGGGCGCAAGUUCGCCUGCAAACUUUUUUCAGAACGAGGAAAAAAAGAGCUUUGUCUGAGGAUGAAGAUGGUGUCUAUGAACCAUCUGGUAAUAAAUCAAAAGAAAAGAAACAUUACAACAAAGAAGACGAGUCUGACAAUGUGCCAGAUAAUAAAGUAACGGAAAAACGCCAUGUACAGCGGAAUCGCCACGUUCACCAGACACACGGACAAACAGACGGCAGUACUGUGCUGCGUACCGAAGACGUGCAAGAAGCUAUCGAUAUCAUUGACCAUCGAGACCCAAGCAGAAACAAGCAUAUUGACGCUCGAGUACAUGUUAAGGAAAGUGUGCAAGAUGGCGGGUUCAUGGGGAUGUGGCGAAGGCUGACUUCGAAAGACAAAAAGAGGGUGUCAGGUUCCAAGUCAGCACACUUUGACCAAGCAGACCAUGGCAGGGGGGAGUACAACCGAACUGUAUCCGUGCCUGCAUCUCGUCCAGGUGAUGAAGAUAAAAGUUUCCUGACCGUGUCCGGGACUGGAUUUGUGUCUGGUGAAGUUAAGAAGAGGCAUCGUCCAGGAACCACGGAAGUGGGGGCAACUCAGGUGGUUGGAAGGGACGACAUAAAGCGCCGAUCGAGUCACAUCGAUAUAUUUGACCAUGAUGGGCAGCUGAUAGAGAGACACUACUUCGACCACAAUGAAGAUCAUGAUAAUUUCCCGCGAAACAAAUCUUUUGAAUUUGAUGAGAAGUUGACGAUAACGGAGAAACAUGUUAAGGGACGUGAUGGUGAGAGGGUCGUGAGAGAUGUGGACUCUCACAGCCACAUGGAGACAAUGCUUGUGACUGACCGUCCAACAGGUAAAAAAGAAGAGACAAUGCAUGACGAUCAAAUAGAAAAGAUAGCGAGUAGACUUGCUGAGAUUGGUGAUGUAUAUCACAGUAGAUAUGAAUUGGAUCAGGCGGCCAGAAGUCCAAGACGAGAAACACGUGACAAAAUGUCCCCUGAAAAGGAAGAGGUUUUAGACCCUAUGCAGAGUAGUAGUUUAAGCACACUGGAACAGGAGCUGGUAGCAGAGCUGCAUCGUGUGGCCGGCAACAUCGAUGCUAAUCUCAAUUCCAAUGCCCGCCAGGCUGCAAUGAAGAUCACCAAAAUGGUUACAUACAACCACUUCGAGAAGGCACUACAGGAGUCGGUCAGCAGCAAGGAGGGGUGGUCACAGAUAGCUACUGUGUUCAGGUUCACUAAGAGCGCGAUAAAAGCCGUUGGGGCCACAGGGGCACUAGCUGUGCAGAUUAAGGAGAACAGCCUGCGCUUCAUUGAGGAUACCUUCGCGGACUGGAUUGUUGGACAGGGUGGAUGGGAGAGCAUGCUGUCAGAGGAUUCUGAUGACUCAGCGCCCAGAGAUUGAUUGAACAUGAGGUCCACAUGAUGUAGCGGUACCAAUUGCCUUCAUUCAAGGUUGCACAGCAGUGUAACUGAACGGGUCUGUAAUUCACAAUGUCUGGCGUCCAUACAAAUGGCUGAUUUACUACUUGAUCUCCGACUGACCAUGCAGUUCAAACUCUGCAGUGGAAGACAUGGCCUUUAUCCAUAUAGGUGGUGUAGAUGUGUGAACACAUUGGUCUGGCUUGCAUAAUUUCUUGGGCCGUAAAUAUGUAUUGCCAAUGAACUGGAUCCAUGACUAUAUAAGCUCCAUAAAUCAAGCUAUUUCCAGUUAAAAUUUUGAGAAUAAGUUGUUUUAAGGUUUUCCAUUGUUGAAAUAUUUCAGACUAAGUCUAAGUAACUGAGUCUGAAAUAUUUCAACAAUUGAAAUCCUAAAAAAACUAAUACUCAAAAUUUUAGAAAAAGCUUGAUUAGUAUCUGUAAUGGAACAGGCAUGAAGGAGCAUCUAAUGUAAUGAAACAAAAAUAAAUGUUUUAAUGGUUGCACAUGGGUUGGACCUGAACAUACUGCAAGUUUGCCUUAUACACAAACCUUAACAAACAACAUUUGAACAAACAUUCCAUUUCAAGUUGACAAUGUGCUUGAGAUUAUUUUUCUGUUCCUUUACUGAACUGUGUUAUCAAAUGAGUUUUAAUGCAUCCUUGGAGUGGGAGGUAUUCAGCAUUGAGCUUGCUGUCUUCUUGUUGGUACGUGUGUCCUUAAGCAUGUGAUUUUAUCUCCUCUUUUAACUACUUGGUGGAUCUCUCUCUCAAACUUCCACAGUUGAAUUUCCGCACUGUGUAGAUGAUUGUAAAGAAAUAAAUCUUGGCAGCGAACUUAAGUUGUAGAUUUUUGUAAAGAAAAUAAGUUUGGCUGUGACACAAUUUUUGGUAGAUUUUAUAUAUUGCCCUUUAUUUUUAUGCCCCCGAAGGAGGGCAUAUAGUGAUCAGACUGUCCAUCUGUCUGUCUGUCCGUCCGUCACACUUUGCGUUUAGGUUUCAAAAAAUGCUCAUAACUUCUAUGUCACUUCAGAUAGCAAUUUCAUAUUUGGCAUGCAUGUGUAUAUGGUCAAGGCCUUUCCAUACGCACACAAAUUUUGACCCCUGUGACCUUGACCUUGAACUUAGGGUCCUUGUUUUGGUUUUCGAAAUCUGCGUUUAGGUUUCGAAAAAUGCUCAUAACUUCUAUGUCCCUUGAGAUUUAACCUUCAUAUUUGGUAUGCAUGUGUAUAUUGACAAGGCCUUACUAUAGGCACACAAUUUUUUAUCCCUGUGACCUUGACCUUGAAUUUCGGGUCCGCGUUCAGGUUUCAAAAUCUGCGUUUAGGUUUCGAAAAAAAUGCUCAUAACUUCUAUGUCCCUUGAGAUAUAACCUUCAUAUUUGGUAUGCAUGUGUAUAUGGACAAGGCCUUUCCAUACACACAAUAAUUUUGAGUUUUGACCCCUGUGACCUUGACCUUGAAUUUGGGGUCUGCGUUUAGGUUUCGAAAUCUGCGUUUAGGUUUUUCUAAAAAUGCUCAUAACUUCUAUGUCCCUUGAGAUAUAACCUUCAUAUUUGGUAUGCAUGUGUAUAUGAACAAGACCUUUCAAUACACACACAAAUUGUGACCCCUGUGACCUUGACUUUGAACUUGGGGUCAGCGUUUAGGUUUCAAAAUCUGCGUUUAGGUUUCAAAAAUUGCUCAUAACUUCUAUCAAAGCGUUUAUAGGGGGCAUAUGUCAUCCCAUGGUGACAGCUCUUGUUUGAAUAAAAAAUUAUAAAGUCCCCUGAUGGUUGUGUUUUCAACUGAUUUUCAACUACUUGUUUGAUCUUGAAAGGCAUUUAGGCUUCAGCGAGGUUUUGCAGCAUUAUGGCCGUUUGUCUGUUUUCCUGUGCCUUAGAUUAUAGCCAUGGGAAUGGCGGCCAUUACUGUGACAAAGCAUUGUGGGCCUGUGAGGGUAAAAAUUACAUUUGUUGCAAGAUCCAGUUGGUCAUAAAUUGUUACAAGUAUAAGUAGAUCUUAAAAUUAUUUGGUAAAUGUACUAUUUAAUACUGUAUGAAGAAUGCAACUUGCAACUUUCUAUUUGUUAGACUAAUAUGCAGAUUUACAUUUAAAUCUAGUAUUUAAUAUGCAAUAUGGUGCCUUGAUAAAGUACCUGUGACAGAAUACCACCAAUAAAAAUCUAUUAUCGACAUGUGUAAAUGAGAAAUGAAUAUGUUUAAUGCUAUAAGUUAUUAGUUCACAGUUAAGUUUAUGCUUUUUUGUGCAUAUUUGAUAGUUGCAUAAUCCAGGGAAAGUGUUUGUUUGUGUAGGUCCCUGCAUAAUUCUACAUCAUAAAAUCUGUGUCUUUAUGAAGUUUGAUUGGAUAUGAAAUAAAUUUGCGGAAGGGAUUUUCUGCCCAUAUUUAAUUCAGUUUAAAGUUUAAAAUUUGUUUUGACUGUAUAUUACUUGAUUUUUACGCAAUUAUUGCACUUUGUUUGCUCAAAACAGGUUUUUAAAUGUUGCUUUUUAUAUUUUCUGACUAUUUUGGUUGAGUUGUUUGUUUACAUUAAAUUUGUUGUAGUUUAUAUGUUUAUGAAGUAAUCAAAUUACCAUUGAAUUUUUAUUGAAAGGAAAGAAAAUUUGUCAGUGCUAGUCUUUCAAGGAUGCCUUAUUUUGCUCAUUAGCUAAGAUUCCAUUGUCGAUGAACUUUUCUCUCAAAAUGGACCAUGUAGCUCAUUUGGUGAAGUGCUGGGAUGGCUAAUACGAAUCCCCAACUGGCAACAUAACUGGUGUGAGGAAUGGUGAUGAAAUAGUCUCUACAGCCCUUCUCCCCUCUUAAUACUUUUUAUUUGAACUAAGCAAUUAUCAGAAAUUGCAUUAAUAUGUGUAUAAGAAGUGAUAAACUGAGAGCGCCUGUUAAAAGUGUGAGAGGGUCCGUCUGCUCAAAUGAUAGGACUGGGUUACUGUGCACUAUGAAAAAAAUCAAACAAACUUGUGUGGAUGAAUGUCUUUGUAAUUUGAUAUGUAAGUGCUAUUUCCAUGGAAAGUCGCCAUGGUAUAAUGGAUAUGGUGCCCGCCUAGCUACCGGGAGGUCACAUGUUCAAUCCCCACUGUGGGAGCGUUCUUUAGAUCUUCCCCAUAGACACCAAGUACUGAUUUUAGUCCCAGGAAACGGAAUCGAGAGCGUUUCAAAUAAUCCUUAGCCUUUCUAUGCAAUUGAGCUAAAAUAAAUAGUUGUAAACUAAAAAGGUUUGAAUUAUUUUAAUAUAUUUUAUGUACAAAUGCAAUGUCAUGAAAAGUAUGGUCCGUUACUGGAUGACCAGAUGAUAGAUUGUAACACCUUUGAUACUAUAUGGUACAGUGUAUGGAAUUUACAGAAAUCAUGUUCUGAAAAAGAUUGUUUAUGAUUCCUAAUAUUUUUCAAAUAUUUUUUGCUUGUUUUUUUUUUUUAACUUUUUGACUUGUUCUCUAAUCCUUAGUCUUUUAGAGGAAAAUAUAUGUAUGUUUUACAUUUUGUUCGCUUUAUUGUGAAAUUAAGAAAGAUAUAAACCAUUGCUUAAUGGUUUUGAUGUAGUAAACUAUGGGCUACACAUACAUGUAUACAUUCUUGUGUAUAUAAUCAGGUGAAUAAGUCAUACAAACUGUACUUUAGAAUUUUCAUUUUAAUUAAUUUACAACAAUUUUUAUAUGUAUUUAUUUUUUUAUUGGAGAUAUGCACAUCACUUAUUCUCCACAUUUCGAGGUUGUUCAAUAAUCAAAUGCAAAAAGUGCAAUAUAUAUAAACAUUUUUACCAUGGGCUGUUAUUGCAUUGCUUAAGUGUGUUUGUUUUAGCAUAUCCUAAGUGUGUUAUAUUGUGCUACAUUGAAUUAAUUUUUGUAUUUAUACCUUUUCAUAUUGUAAGAUGAUACAUUGUGUCACAGAUUUUGAGUUUUGUUUGUCAGGCAAUCAUUGGAGUAGUGGAUCACUGACUAAAGAUUGAUUAAGACCAUUUAACAUUUUCUUUUAGAACAUGUAAACAUUAACUACUAAUUGUAUGUUUUCUCUUUCAAACAUGAAUAAUAAUAUGUCUGUAGAUACCCUCUCUACAUCAAUAAUAUUGUGCCUACAAGUACAUUUCCAAAUAUUGCCAAAACAUAUAUUUUCCUUAUUUUGUCUUAUUAUUGUAUACAAUGAAAUGAUAGACUUGGCUUUGUCUGUCUGUUCGUCUGUUGCAAAACUGUUGAGGGAUAUAUUUCAGAAACUAUAUAAGAUAUCAACAUGAAACUAAAUAGGUGUAUAGAUAUCAAUGAGGAGAAGUGUCAUGCACAAGAACCAUAACACUACACUUUCUUUAAUAAGAGUAACUGCCCUUUUUUGUUAUUUUGUAUGAUGAAACUUUUCAGGGCUAUAUCUCAGAUACCAUGCAAGAUUUCAACAUGAAACUUUAUGGGUGUAUUGAUAUUAAUAAGGAUAUGUGCGAUGCUUAAAGAUCAUAACCCUUCACUUUCUUAAAUAAGAGUUAUUGCUCUUUGUUGUUUUUAUGCUCCCGGUAGGGUGGCAUAUAUCAGUUGAACUGUCUGUCAGUCAGUCCGUCUGUCCGUCCGAAAACUUUAACAUUGGCCAUAACUUUUGCAAUAUUGAAGAUAGCAACUUGAUAUUUGGCAUGCAUGUGUAUCUACUGAAGCUGCACAUUUUGAGUGGUGAAAGGUCAAGGUCAUCCUUCAAGGUCAAAAGUAAAAAAAUACAAUCCAAGGGAAGUAAUAAGCUUUAAAAGGGAGAUAAUUUCUAAACCUGCCAAAUGAUAUAUAGAAAAUUUUAUUUCAAAGCGGCGCAAUAGGGGGCAUUGUGUUUCUGAGGAACACAUCUCUUGUUGUAUAAUGAAAUUUUUCAGGGCUAUGUCUCAGAUACAAUAAAUUUUAACAUGACACUUAAUGGGCGUGUAGAAAUCAAUGUCACAGCCAGAAUCGCAAUGCACAUGAACCAUGACCCUGCACUUUCUUAACUAAGAGUUAUCGCCCUUAAAAAAAAUUGUUGUUUUUGUACGAUGUAACUUUUUCAAGGCUAUAUCUUGGAUAUGCUUCAAGAUUUUAACAUGAAGCUUUAUGGAUGUGUAGAUAUCAAUUAGGAGUAUUGCAAUAAAAAAAAAACAUUACCUUACAAUUAAUUAUUACCCUACACUUAAUGAUAAUACUGUAUUUCAAGGGCUUUGCACCAAUCAAUAAACAAAGUUUAUUUGGCGGGGAAUAUCAGUUCGAGAAAUUUGCUUGUUAUAAUCUUUUUAGUUCAUCUAUUUUUUGAAAAAAAUUUAUGAGCUAUUGUCAUCACCUUGGCGUCGGCGUCAGCGUCGGUGUCGGCGUCCGGUUAAGUUUUGUGUUUAGGUCCACUUUUCUCAGAAGGUAUCAAUGCUAUUGCAUUCAAACUUGGUACACUUACUAAAUAUCAUGAGAGGACUGGGCAGGCCAAGUUAGAUAACUCAGGCAUGCAUUUUGACAGAAUUAUGUGCCCUUUUUAUACUUAAAAAAUUGAAAAUUUGGGUAAGUUUUGUGUUUAGGUCCAUUUUAUUUUUUAAGUAUCAAAGCUAUUGCUUUCAUACUUGCAACACUUACUAACUAUCUUAUGGGGACUGUGCAGGAAAAGUUAUGUAACUCUGACUGGAUUUUGACAGAAUUAUGGGCCCUUUUUUAUAUAGAAAUUGCAAAUUUUAUUUAAGUUUUGUGUUUUGGUCCACUUUACUCCUAAAGUAUCAUAGAUAUUGCUUUCAUACUCGGAACACUAGCAAACUAUCAUAGGGGACAGACAGUACAGGACAAGUUGCAUAACUCUGGUUGUCAUUUUGACGGAAUAUGGCCCUUUUUUGACUUAGUAACUUUGAAUAUAUGGUUAAAUUUUGUGUUUAGAUCCACUUUACUUCUAAAGUAUGAAGGCUAUUGCUUUCAAACUUCAAAUACUUUCAUGCUAUCAUGAGGGUACUGUACCUGGCAAGUUGAAUUUUACCUUGACCUUUGAAUGACCUUGACUAUCAAGGUCAAUUUAUUAAAUUUUGCUAAAAUUUCCAUAUCUUCUUUAUUUAUGAUUAGAUUUGAUUGAUACUUUGACAUAACAACUCUUACCUGAAAUACCACAAUAGACUCCACCCAAACCAUCCGCCACG